AUGGUUCACAAGAUCCUGUUCUGGGCCGGUUUCGGCAUCGCCACACGCUUUGUCCAACUGGGGAUAGAGAUGAGACCAUUCUUUCAACGCGGCACAUUAUGGGUGUACCCACUUUUUGCAAGCAUCGGGGGAUCCUUUGGUUAUUGGUUGACGGGCGUUGAAGAUAGACAAGUCAAGCUCCUCCAGCAGCGGAAACAGAUUAUAAUCGAGAAGAGACGACGGAGAGCAGAGCGUGAAGCGGUUGCGGAUGGGUCGCUCGCUGAAACCGCAGGCGUGCUGGCAUCGACGAGUUAA